GCUGCAUGCAACAUUCCCGCAGGCCAAUAUGGAGGUCAUUGUGAAAAAUAGGAGUAAAAGUAAUCAUAGAAUUCUAUUUGUUCCUCGGAUAUUAUGUUUAUUUGUGCUUGCUAUAAGGAAAAAAUUAUGGGACGUGUCGUUUUAUGCUAUUUAAAUUUAAUUUAUGAAGUCAUUGAAGUUAUUUAAGCUUAUGGGAUUGCAUAUUACACACACGUGCUGCUGCUGGGGUUCGUACCCGCGACCUCAGGAGCCAUGUCAGCCAGCGCUCGUCAGUUGCUGACCCUGGAUAAUAGAAAACUGUUCUCUGGCUCAUUUCUAAUCUUCAUUCAGUUACGUCGACCUCCAAUUGUGCAAAUAGGAAUUGAACGGUCAGCGAUAUCUGUUUCUCAGCUAUUUAAGCCUCCAGAGUGCUCAUCAUGGCUACAGUAAUCAAGGUAGAGCCUGAUACAGACAGUGACUCUGAACCAUUGUCACCACAAGUUACAACUGAACUGACUGAUCCGAUUGAAGAAAAGAGAUCUGCAGAAUUUACUUUUGUUCCUGUUAAUACUCAGAUUAAGGUUGAGAAUAAUGCUUUGCCACUUCUGGAACAAGAGGAGGAAGAAAUCACGGUGCAUGUGACACCAAUUAAACAGGAAGAAGAGGAAGAAGAAGAGCAAGGGAUGUGUGAGGAUGAAGAUGGUGUGAUGCAGUUCAUUACUGAGCAUGAUCCAUUCACGGGGGUGACAGCAAUAACACACGGGGACCACCAAAGUAGUGCACUCACAAGAUCUCCUGGUGACGAUUUCCAUCUUCCUUCAAACCACUCUGUGUUACGAACUAGACUGCAGAAAACCAGAAAUAUGUUUUAUAAUAAACCUGAUCAGAUAAUCUGCGAUGUAUGUGGCAAACGCUUCAAGUUUCCAUGUGAUUUGAAACGCCAUUCUGUGAUGCACACUGGAGAACGGGUCUACAAGUGUGAAGAGUGUCAGAAAAGGUUCAAAUUGUUGAGCCAUCUCAAAAUGCACAUAUAUCGCUUUCACGCCAGAGAGCGGCCAUUUCAAUGUGAUAGCUGUGGCAAGAGGUAUGCUAGUGUGACAGACUUGAGAAGCCACGCACUGAUCCACAGUUCUGAACGGCCGCACGUGUGUUCCAUUUGCAACAAAGGCUUCGUUUCUGCAAAGGACCUGAGGAAACAUGUGCAGAUUCACACUGGGGAGAGGGAAUUUGAAUGUGACGUGUGCAAGAGGAAGUUUCUGCGCCGAGGGCAUCUAGAGAAGCACAUUGCGGUUGUGCAUGUUCACAAGAGCCGGCAUGACUGUCGCUCCCGCAGCAGAAAACUUAAGUUCCUGGACCAGAAAAUUAGAAAGAAAUGAUUUCAGAAAGCAGUUUCCAAGGCAAAAAGGACUCAGCUGAUAAACAGUAUUUGGGAAUUAUUGAGGCAGUGUGUCUGUGAGUAAACUUACAGAAGAAAAAAAUGUUAAAGAUGAAGUUAUAGUAUUAUUAUAUAGUAUUGUCCCUGUGUUUAAUUAAGCACUGCACUGAGAAGAUGCAUGCAGGAGUUGAGAUAUAGGUGCAUGCAUUCAGCACUAAUUGGAGGUGAGUGGGCAGCUUCAUGCCCCAGCUGCUUUAUCCCUGUGAAAGGUCCCAUGUUACUGACUGGUGCUGAUUGGAAGGGAGGCUGGGUGGGCCCAGAGCCAAUCUGCAUGCCAUAUAGAGAAGAGCUUUUGCUUCUGCCAGGAAUCAAACCUCAGUUCAUUGGCCAUCCUGUCUGUAGCCUGUCACUAUACUGACUUAUAGUUUAAAUGAUAUAAGUAAAUUAAACUAUAGUAAGGAGUUCAGUAUCGUGUGGUUGGUACAUGCAAAUGUUAAGUUGCUUGUCACAGCUCGUAAAGCAAUAUCUAAUGAAUUUUGAGGCAUUUAUUAUAUAAUUUGGUAAAUAUAGUUCUUGUUUAAAGUUGCAGAAAUAUGUUCAGAUUGCAUGCAGUUCUUCUCCCCCUCCCAUUGUUAUGAUGAAGUAAUAUGCUUGUCCUGAUUGGUGCUUUAAUUGUAAUGGUGAACUUGAGAAAGCUACAAGCCCAGUGUUACACAGGCCAUUCCACAUGAAUGAAUCUACCACGGAUCAUAUCAGACCCAUUGCUUAAGCACAAGAUCUGAGGUUUUCGCAGUGGUGACUGGAUAUUACUGUCUUAUGGGAUAUGAUUUGUGCAGUCUGGUAGACUUUGCCAACAUUUCAGGAGAAACGUGAUGCUUCCACUUCUGUGGGAGAAGUGUAAGCCAAGUGUAAGAAACAUGGUGUGGAGAUAAGGGGAGAGUGAACUGUAUUACAGUAUUUAAUUCAACUCAAUGUAAAGUGUAGCAGAUUUGUUCAUGUUUCCAAGUGAUCAUAUACACAGUAAUAUGAAAUGCUUGAUGCCAUGUUAUGGUGUGUUCGGAGUAAAAAGUUGCAGGAUUGUACUUAGUGUCUCACCCUGUUUGUCAGUCUGUUCACAUACAGCAAUUGAAGGGCCAAUGGACAGGGUUUCAUGAAAUCUGAGACUGGGGAAAUUUAAUAAAAUUUGUUGACACAUUCCAUUUCUAGUUAAAAUUCAGUGACAAUAAUGGACACUUUACGUCCUACGUGCAUCUUUAUGGGUAUCUUGAGCAUAAUUUAUAAAGUAUUUAGUGCAGUGAUUAUUAGCUUGGACACAAGCUGUACAGAGGAAUGAAGCGCACAUUUUAUGCCUAGUACGCUUUUACCAUAAGUCUUAUAGUUUUCCAGGAAAUUAAACAAAUGUGAGUAAACGUGACAGAAUUGUUGCUCUAGGCAUAUUUCCAGACUUGUAUUAUGUUAUGCACUGUAUUUUCCUUACUGCAUUUAGUUGAGUAUUGAGAAUAUUGUAGUGCUGAAGAAACCUUGUAACUAUCUUCUGAUGCAGGGUAUUCCUUGAAAAGUUAAUGGUUAUUCUGACAAUCAAGAAAUUCCAUGCUUUUAUGGAACUAUCAAAUUUAUCACCAUUCUCAAAAGUCUGCGAUUUGUCCCUGUCUGUUGCCACUGAAUUUAAUCCAUACCCUCUCAUACUACAAUCUUUCCACUUUUUCAAGUCCAAAUGUUCUCAGCACUUUGUUUUCAACCAUCCUUGAUCUUUCUCCCAGGGUGGGAGAUGAGUUUUCACACCAGUAUACAGCAGCAAGUAAAAUAAGGUGAGAUUUUAGUUUCACAUGAUUAUGACUGUGAAGAUUACUGUCAUCUGGAAUGUGACACCACAGAGGCCAGUAGAUCAUUACUGAUGUUUUGGAGGUAU